AUGGGUUCGGACGAGGGGAAGAAGGCGAAGAAGGCGAAGAAGGAGAAGAAGGAGAAGAAGGAGAAGCGGGAGAAGCGCGAUCGCGUCUCGGAGGAGGACGCGGAGGGGAAGAAGCGCGCGAAGAAACGAAUGCGCGAAGAAACGAGUGGCGGCGGCGAUGCGGGUGAAGAAAACGCCCCGACGACGACGACGACGGAAACGGGCGAACCACCGGCGCCCGGGACGUUUCCGACGUCGAAGACCAAGGUGUACUGCGGGAAUUUGUCGUGGAACGUGGACGAGCAGACGUUGAUCGAAGCGUUUAAGGAUUGCGGCGAGGUCGAGUCCGUGACGUGGUUCGAGGAGAAGGCGACGGGUAAGUUCUUAGGCGCCGGUGUCGUGGAGUUUAAGACGCCGGAGGGGGCGGCGAAAGCGGUGGCGGCGUGCGGGCGGAAGGUGUUGGGACGCGAGACGCCGACGCGGUUUUGGGAGCAGCGCGGGAACACGGCGGAGGAGCGGGCGGCGGCCAAGGCGGCGGCGCGCGAAGCCGGGGGCGGGCAGGGCGACGUGAAGAAGAUGGGACCGAAACCGGACGGGUGUUACACCUUAUUCAUGGGGAAUCUGAACUUUCAGAUCGACGAUGAUAAGAUUUGGAAGUUUUUCAUGGAUAACGCCGAGGUGGAGCCGACGACGGUUCGAUGGUUGACGAAUAAGGAAACGGGCGAAUUCCGAGGCGUUGGGUUCGCCGAUUUCGCCGACGACGAGUCCUUGGACGCGGCGGCAAAGUGUAACGGGCUGCCUUGCAUGGGGCGACCGAUCAGGCUCGAUUGGCAGGCGCCGAGUAAUCGCGGUUGA